GAAGUCAAGCCUCCCUUCGAGUUGAAGACCACCUCCAAACCCACCACAGAGCUGCAGCUGUCCGUCCUACACACAGCAUCCACACCUCCACAACUUCUCACAGACUUCUGAGGCCCUGCAGAGGAAACUUAGCUCAACACUCUGGUGCUGCCUCACUGCAUCUACCUGCGGAUUACAAACCACAAACAAUGAUCUGAGCCCAGACAUCCUGAUUGUGAAGGGGAAAUACUGUUUUUUUUUUUUUUUUUUACUAUUAAGAGUUGAGACUGAGGUAUUAGAGGACAGACCCUGACAGCGAGCAGCUCUCCAGCAUGCAGGUGAUCGCAUGUGCGUUGUUUACGCUCCUCUUCCUCCCUAUCAGUGCCGAGCCGGAGGCUGACUUCUGCCCCAAGGGCUGCAAGUGCGAGUGGACGACUCUCACGAUCUUCUGCAUGGAUAUUGAUAUUCUCCCCAGGUUUCCAGCAAGCAUGGAGACACUGUGGCUUUUGGAGACUCGUCUCUCGUCAGUGCCUGCAGAUGCCUUUGCCAACAUGGUCAACAUUUCAAGGAUCCAUAUAUCGGUGGAUGUGACGCUGCAGAGGCUUGAGAGGCACUCGUUCUACAGCCUGAAGAAAAUCACCAACAUAGAGCUACGCAAUGCAAAAAGUCUGACCUACGUUGACCCAGAAGCCUUUAAAAAUCUCCCAAACCUCAAAUACCUGGGAAUUUUCAAUACCGGCCUCACUUUCUUCCCUGACUUGAGCAACAUCCGCUCUAAUGACCAGAACUUCAUGCUGGAAAUUGCAGACCAUCCGUACAUCACUGAGAUUCCAGCCAACUCAUUCCGUGGCAUCACGAGCGACGUGCUGACAGUGAUGUUGUACGGAAACGGUUUCAGAGAAAUUCACCAUCAUGCCUUUAAUGGGACAAGGCUAGAUCAAGUUUACCUUCACAGGAAUAAAUAUCUUACCAAGAUGGAUGACAGGGCUUUUGCAGACACCAUCAGCGGCCCUCUGCUUCUAGACGUGUCCGUCACAGGGGUCACCUCUCUGCCAACCACAGGCAUGAACUCUCUCAGAGAGCUGAAGGCGCUCAAUGCUUGGGCCCUCAAGAAACUGCCUCCCAUCAAAACAUUCAAACACCUGACUACCGCCAACCUCACCUAUCCAAGUCACUGCUGUGGCUUCAAAAACCUCAAGAAGAAACGAAGCUUUUGGGAUUACAAGGUGUGUAACCUGUCCGUUUUCCAAGACCAGCAUCACAAGCGCUCUGUGGGACCCCUCAGCGUGCCUUCCCUCCAAGGGGACAGCAUGCUGGAAACCGUCCCAGACGAUGAGCAAAACGAUGAAGGCCACAAAGAGUCCCAGCAAAACUGGAGGAGAGGCGACUACCAUGGCAGCCUCCAUUACCAGGCUUACUUCGGGGGCCUGCCAGAUGAGGAUGUGGGUUUUGGAGAGACCCUCAAGAACCCCCAGGAGGACACCAGCCAAGAUUUUAACAGUCGCUUACUCGAUUAUGUGGUGUGUGAUGAGGGAGAGGAGGUGGCGUGUGCACCAGUCCCCGAUGAGUUCAAUCCUUGUGAGGACAUAAUGGGUUUUGGCUUCCUGCGAGUUUCUGUGUGGUUUGUGAGUCUGCUGGCUGUUCUGGGAAAUGUUGUGGUGCUGUUGGUGCUGCUCACCAGCCACUACAAGCUCUCAGUCUCCCGCUUCCUUAUGUGUCACUUGGCCUUUGCGGACCUGUGCAUGGGCAUUUAUCUGCUGCUUAUCGCCUCUGUAGACCUCCACACACGAUCUGAGUACUUCAACCACGCUAUAGACUGGCAGACGGGCCCUGGCUGUGGACUUGCUGGGUUUUUCACGGUGUUUGCCAGUGAGCUUUCAGUCUACACAUUGACGGUGAUCACUGUGGAGAGGUGGUACGCAAUCACCUUUGCUAUGCGACUGGACCGUAAGCUACGUCUGCACCAUGCGGCAGCAGUGAUGCUUGGCGGCUGGAUCUUCUGCCUACUCCUGGCUUUGUUCCCUUUGGUCGGGGUGAGCAGUUACCAGAGGGUUAGCAUCUGUCUCCCAAUGGACACUCAGUCCACGGUGGCCCAGGUUUACAUCUUGUCAGUUCUGGUCCUCAACAUCCUUGCCUUUCUGGUGAUCUGUGCUUGUUACAUCAAGAUCUAUUGUGCAGUGCACAACCCCCACUACCGAUCUGGAUCCAAGGAUACCAACAUCGCCAAGCGCAUGGCUGUCCUCAUAUUUACUGACUUCCUGUGUAUGGCUCCUAUCUCCUUUUACGCCAUGUCAGCUGUUCUGGACCGGCCGCUAAUCACCGUGUCCAACUCCAAGAUAUUACUGGUGCUCUUCUACCCGCUAAAUUCCUGUGCCAACCCGUUCCUCUACGCCAUCUUCACCAAGGCUUUCAGGGGGGACAUAUUCAUCCUCCUCAGUAAGAUCGGUCUUUGUCAGCAGCGAGCACAGCUGUUCAGAGGCCAGACAGUCUCCUCGAAGGGCAGCAGCGGGACAUCUCAGGUCCGCAGAGACAAGGAUAAGUUUAGAAAACGUGGAAGAGGAAGUCAGGAAGAGGUGCCCAUCAACCUGAAGAAGUGCUGUGGACAUACCUACCACCAACCCGUCUGCCAGAAUACGAGUCAUGAAGAGAACCACAGGCUGAACACGUGAGCCAAACACCAGCUUGAGGUAGCUGAAGCAAGACAAGUUCAGGUGGGAGAGGAGAGGCCUUGAAGUGUUUGUGGACGGACCUGCUAGGAUAUUUAACAGGGACGUCCAGUAUUCUGUAUCUGCUUCAACUCUCAGGCCAAGUUCAGCUGUUUUCACAAUUUCGGCUGUGACGAUUUUAUGGUUCCAGUUGUCCAGUUUUCUGAAAUAUGAGCCCGACUUCAUCUAACUUAUGAUCCUUUCUAUUUGAAGGGUCUGGCCAGAACAAAGCUAUUUAGAGGACCAAUUCUUAAGAUAAAAACUCAGAUAUAGGAACAUAAGUAUGAAUAACAUCAAUCUUUUCAGCAUCUUUAAUUAUAUGAUGAACUUUAUCUUUAAUUAUGGCCACACAAUAUUGCAUUGAUAGAAAAGGAAAUAUAACAGACUUUUUAUGGCUAUAGUGAGGAGCCAUAUUUAUACUUGGUCAUUGUGUUUAAGGACAGCCUGCUGGCUCAGUGCGUUCAUAGUGGAAACUUUAUCAAAUAUAUGGAUGGAUAAAAACACUGCACUUCCAUAGUCUUUAUGCUUUGUAAAUACACAGUAGUGUUUGGUGGUUUAUGGACAAAAAUGGUACUAUUCUUUGUAGGGUUAUGGUUCGUUUGUAGUUUUCUUUUUGAUUUAUAAACAAUAUAGCAGGGUAUGUGAUGCUGAGAAACUGUGUUAUUAUGGUGCAAAUUUGACUAUUAUGUUGUGUAUACCUUCACCAUAUUGAUGUAAACCUUCUUGGCUAUAUAAAAAAUGUGUACUUGAGUUUGUUUUUUUAUUGCGAUUUUUUUUAAUGUAACCAAAUGCCAUUACUUUAAAUGUUCACAUUGAUUUUAAAAAACAGUUUAAAGAGGUACGUCCUCAUCUCCAGAGAGCAUGUGAUCCAAUUACAAAAGUAAACACAAGAAAUAUUUGGAUUAUUAGCAAUUUUCUACAAAUUACUGACAGGCAUGAUAAUCGCAAAUAUAUACCGAAAAAGCCAUGUCUCUCCUCUGGAAUGUCAUGGUUGUUUUUCUUGCAUGGUCGUGAUAUUUUUCCAUCCUCUCACGGAAACAUGUGACUUAUACAAUCAGCAGAGAUAGCUUUGCCUUCACUGGGGGAGCUUAAAGCAAAUACAACUGAGGCACGUUUGAGUAUCACCACUUUGACUUAUGCAAUAUUGAGCUAUUAUGAGUUAAAGGACACCCUCUUCCAAUGGCAGCUUAACAUCUGGUUAGCAUUUCAUCUGCUGGGUGACAUUUUUCAAGGCAACAUACAGAUGAACUGGAGGGACUUUCCAGGAAAAAGGGAUAAUUUCAGACGUUUUUUAAUUUUUCUUCCAAAUCUGUCAAGAAGAUAUUUGACCAGACUGCAAGACAGUUUGACUUGGUGUUAAGAAGGGGUACAAUAUUCCCAAAUCCAUAUCACAAUAAUGCACUCUCAAAGCAUCAGCAAAUUUGGAAUGGGGCAAACCUCAAGAAUGGAAGAAC